GGAGAGCCAUUCAGCAGUGAGACCAACAAGCUCUGCAACCCCAGCGGCGUCUUCUUCCCUGCUUUCCGUGUCAACCGGACAAGCGAGAGGAAGGAGGUCAUGGUGGCCAUGUACAAGCUCUUCGCCUUCCUCAACGCCUCGCUGGGGAAUAUCACGCGUGACCAGGAGGAGCUCAACCCCACAGCCAAGGAGCUCCUCGACCGGCUCCACAACACCACCAAGACCACCCGGGGCCUCAUCUCCAACCUCACCUGCCUCCUCUGCAAGAACUACAACAUCUUCCAGGUGGACGUCAGCUACGGGGAGAGCUCCCAGGGAUAG